UGACAGUAUUUGCGCGACGCAAUUAAUGUUUGGAAAGCGCUAAAGUCGUAUCACAAUUAAAUUCGCAUGCAACGAUGGCCAAGUACUUAAGCAUGCUGUAACCAUCAAUCUGUCACCCAAUGAUGAGAUGACAAUUAGUCCGGUGGUGCCAUGUUAUAUGAAACAAGCUGGAUGUACACGAUGGCAAUUUCUUAAAUUGGGAAGCAGCGUGCCGAUAAAACCAGGUGAUGUCUGCUCUCUACUGCCUGAUAAAUGUUGGUUUAAGGUCAUCUCAAUGCCAGACACAAUGGAAGAAAAUGAUCAAAUAUUGAAGAGAAAGGCUGAUGAGAAUUUGAGUAAUGAAGUAAACAGUAAGAAAGCGUGCUUGUCAUCCAAUGUGGAGGUUAUUAUAUCUCCCAAUGAAACUUUGAACGAUACACAUAGUGAUAAGAAUCCAUCAAAUGAGCAUCAGAAUUCUUCCAUUAAUGAAAAUAGCGAGCAUAAUGAUGAUAAUGAUGAUAAUGCUAGUCUAGUUUUGCAAGAAGUUAAUUCUGCAAGCUCUUUAGAGAGAAGUAAUAUGCUUGCAACAAGUUCUAAAAUUUCGACAGAUACUAAAGAGAUAAUUGAACCUUGUGUGGCUCAACAAAAUGAUAAACAGAAAGCAAAAAACGUCAAUUUAACAAGCGAAACUAUAACAAACAUUGAAGAAGGAAAGAAAAUUAAAUGGGAUUGUGAUACUCAUUUCAGUGAUCAAAUUGAGAGUCAAGCUUCUUCAACACAAAAUAAUCCUGAUUCGCCUGUUACUUUGCAUCAGAAUCAAGCUAAUGGACCAAGUAAUCAAGUAAAUCCUGUUAGAGUUGCCAGAGAAAGAUGUACGUAUGGUGCUCGAUGUUAUCGGAAGAAUCCCAACCACAGGAACAAUUACAGCCAUCCAGCCGAUUCCGAUUACGACGAGGUAGAUGAUCGGGAGGAGUGUCCGUACGGUAUAAAGUGUUAUCGUAAAAAUCCUCAGCACAAGAUGCAAUUCAAACACACAAGGGUACCACGUCGUCGUCGAAGAGCCGCCACUCCAAUGCACUCAGUAAUCGUCGAUACCACGUUCGAAACAGAUCACUCAUCCACAGAAGAGUCUGUCGACGAAUCUGAUUAUGAACCCUCUAUGUAUACAGAAAGUUCGGACGAUUUGGACGAAAGCAGAAGUGAGUGGGAAGACGGCACAACGGGUUGAUGAUAAGUGUUAAUGGCCUUCUCCUGUUACCAUCGAUUUCUACGUCAUAUUUUUGAGAGCAUUCAAAUUAUAGAUGUUUCUAUAUAUUGGUAAUGCAAAUAUUUUAUUAAGAAAUAUUUAUUUUUAUACUCGGAUUGAAAGGAAUAUAUUAUGCAUCUAUUUGUUUAACAUAAAGAAGAGUAUAAAAAUGUUAAUAAUAUAUCGCAAUCAACGUGUGUAU